UUUUGUAGUAUUUUGUCAAUAAUUAGUCAAUAAUAAUGAUACAUAAUGAAAAUAUUCACCUUGCACAGAAAUUUGCAAGCAGUAAAACAAAUAAAUAACAAAUAAUAAAAACAAAAAGAUAGACCAUCAAAUGCAAAAGAAAGAAAAAACCAAACACACAAAAUCACAACAGGCAAACAGACCCAGACAACAUAAACAGGCACUUUAACACUUGGGGUUAUAGGGAGGCCUGUUUUUAUUGUCUUUUCAAAAUGUGAUUUUCAAAGUAAGGUGCUGUAUAAUGUAUUACAUGAGACAGAGGUGAUUAAUUCUCAUUGAUAACCAAAUACACAAACUAAACCACAGUUGCAUUUUCUUCCUUUAGCAUACGUUUUGGACCACAACAAGCCCUUUUAGAUAGAUAGAUAGAUUAUAAUUUACCACAGUUUUGUACAUGAUAGUAAUUUGUCACAUUCAUCUCAAAGAAAUGCCAUGAUACUAGCAAGAUCCAGUAAUAACAAAUCAAAGUGGCAUAGGUAUGUACUGUCUGGGUGUGUGUGUGUGUGUGUGUGUGUGUGUGUGAGAGAGAGAGAACAUCAUUAAGUGGUCCCCGGGUGGUAGUGAGGUUUAAGCUUUUGGUCAUGCGGGGAUCAGCUUCCAUUAAUCCCAGAGAGAGAGAGAGCGAGAGAGCGAGCGAACAUCUAACUAUACAUAAGGUUCAGAACAGUUUGAAAGCCCUAUAGUAAAGUAGGAGUAUGUAUACAAACCUUUUACCUGUCAAAUCAUCUUUGAGCUUGAAAUCUCAGAAUACAGAUCUUCUUUUUCCUUGCGUGGAAAUUUUGAAUUACCUGGAAAUUGUACUGUUUGACCAAGAAUUUACGAGACUUGUACAGCUUCUUAAAGCUGUCCUGGAUCUGGACUCCUCCGAAAAGCACCUUAUACAAAACAACUUGUGAGCUAUUCGAGGAUUUGUUUCAUCUUGUGACCUUGGAAAACCCCUUUUUCUACUCUUUGCGUUGAAACAAUUCUUUGUGUUUAUUUUCUGAGAUAGUCCACUGGGUUUAUUUUUGAACCUUGUCCUCAAGAAGAUUACCUUCUGGAUCAAAUCUGGGAACAGUUACCCUUCUUCACUUGAGUCUCAGCACCUGGAAGUCUGGAUGUUUUGACACUAAUACUUCAUAAGUAAGUGUGCUAUCUUUAAUAUAACAUUUCCAUGGCUCAAUCAGGCUCCUGCCCAAACCAAGACCUAUCACACAGUGCCAUCGUCCACAGCCCACUGGGUAUUUGUUCAGACCUGGAUACCCAGAUGGGAAGAGAGGAUGAGGAAGGAGAAGAGGAAGAUGAUGAAGUGGAACUAGCUGAGGAGGUAGGAGAGGAUGUUUUAAUGAUGGCUGAAACAGGAGUGGGGCAAGCCAAUGUAGAAAGCGGACCACAGGGUGAAAGUGAGGAAGUGAGGAUAAUACAAGUGGACCUUGUACCGAAUGGAGUAAUAGGAGAUGGGGAGGAAAGAGGUGACACACUGAAAGAAAAUGGCAAAGGAGGGGAAGAAAAUGUAGAUGAGGAGCAUGAAACGAUACAAGAACAAGCAAGAGAAAGAGAAGGUCCAAGCGAGGGUGAAGAAGAGUCUGAAGACACAAUAACACUGAUUGAAAGUCCAUGUCAAUUAUCGGCAUCCAGCAUUUUUCAUCAAGAGCAAGUAAUAGAAGAAAAAGAAGACAUAAACCAUGAAGGAAAUAAACAAGAGUCAAAGGAGGAAAAGAUUAAAGAGGGAGAUGAUGGGUUAGAAAACCAGAUCGUGUCCAAUGCCACUGAUGCAGAGACUCUUCAAGAAUCCAGUGUUUUUGAAGAUGAGUCAGAAGAGCAUAAGGAGUUUUUCACUGAUGACACAAAUAGUAAUCUUUUCGCUAAUAGUGAAAUGAUGGAAACCCUUGAGGAACAGUCAACAGAAGUCAUCCCUGCUGCCACAGGCACAGGUGCAUCAGUCGACAGUCAACGUGAACUUUGCCAAACUACAGCUGAUGCAAAUGGCAACACGAUAGUGGACAUGCAGACUAACAAGUUCACCUGUGAAAAUCAAGAGGGAAUGAAAAAUACAGGCGAGAUGAACAACCCAGAAAGCGGCAAACCAGAAGUUGAGGAAACAAAUAACUACAUGUGGCAUCGGGAUUCCAUAAAGGUAAAUACUGGUGAUAAGAGACCCAACGACUUCAUGAUAGAUGGAAUGUCCACUUCUGACCAUGUUCUAGAUGUAGGAGGUAAAGAAAACCUAAACAUAGACAUGCAAGAGUUUUUACCCCCUGAAGGCCUAUUAAUGACAGAAGAACAGAAUGAGGAAACAUGGUUUGGAGGGAUCGACAUGAAGGAGGUAGGGGAAGCACAACAGGUUGAGGUUAAUACUCUGGAUGGGAGAAGAACUUUGGAAGAGGAGAGAAAGACAGGUGAUUUUGCUGUUGGAGAGUUAAUGGGUGAUGGAGAAAUGCAAAAUGAAUCUACUGCUAGCCUUGAAAACCAGUGCUUGGUAGGUCCCCCAGAACAGGCAGUGCAGUGCACACAGGAGGUACCUUCAGACACACAGCAAGCUGUGGAUUUGGAUCAGGUGAUCAAUACCAUUUAUCUGGAGGAAAUGAACGAAGAUGAGUCCAAUCAGCCAGGAGGAGAAACCACUAAGAAUCAUUCCACAAAAAAUUAUGAUGAUGAUGAUGUUCAGCAAUAUGUUUCAGAGCUCCUCGUAGAAGCAGUGGCAGACUGUUGGGGCAACUUGGGAGAGCAGCCAGUAGAGAAGGUUGUUCUAGAAGAUAAGAAGGUGGCAGGAUCAGUGGAAGAAGUAACAGUGGGGGCUCUAGAGAUGACAGGAGAACCAGUUAUUGUUUUAAACGAUGACACUGAAGACAUAGAGGAGAAUCAGACAAGUAGACUUGAUGAACAAAUGCCUACCACCACUGUAACCCUUCCUCAAGAUAACAUAAUGAAGACAAAGGAACUUGGAACGUGUCAAGAGUUAGAAGUCGAGACAGUUAAACUUGGUGAAGAAAAAGCUAAGAAUCAAAAAGAUGAUAAAGGGCAGGAAGAGAAGGACAAGAAGUCAGAAGAUGACAACAGGGCAGUUGAGUCAGAUGGAACAGUCAAAGAGCUGAAGGAAGCAUUGGAGAAUGGGAUCGUGUGUCCUGAGCCACAACCACAGAUGACAGCAGAAGUGCAGCCUGAUGAAGAGAGAGCACCAGAAAAAAUAGACUGGAGGAAAGAUCUAAAAUCAGAGACAAAGGACAUCUACGAAACCAAGGGUGUAAAGACUGAAUGGGUGAAGAAGGAAGCAUCAACGGAGGAGAAACAUCUGCCUUGUAGGGAUGACUGGAUAAAGGAGCUAAAGUCAGUGAUUAAAUAUGAAUCCUUGCCCAAAAAGAAAGACGGACACGUCAAGAGGAAGCGAGUGGUGCUGUUGGAAGAUGGCCAUGCAUACAUGCCACAGUGUGACGAGAUGACCGAGGAGAGGAAAGAGGAGGUGAAACUGAUUUCACAUCGAAGAGUGAACCCUUUGCCUGCUGUAUACAGGAACAGUAGAACAACCCAAGACCAGCACUUUGAGAUUGCACUCUAUGUCAAGGCGGGAAGUGAUGGGGAGAGCAUUGGGAACUGUCCUUUCUCCCAGAGACUGUUUAUGAUCCUGUGGCUUAAAGGCGUCAUCUUCAAUGUCACGACUGUCGACCUCAAACGGAAGCCCGCUGACCUGCAGGACCUCGCUCCGGGAACCAACCCUCCCUUUGUGACCUUCAACGGUGAGGUAAAGGUCGACGUGAACAUGAUCGAGGAAUUCCUGGAGGAGAAACUGACCCCACCGUGCUACCCCAGACUGGCUGCCAAACAUCCAGAGGCCAACACAGCCGGCAUCGAUGUGUUUGCUAAGUUCUCAGCUUACAUCAAAAACCCGAAGAAAGACACCAAUGUUGCCUUAGAGAAAGCACUGCUGAAGUCUCUUCAGCGCCUCGAUGACUUCCUGCGGACGCCACUGCCUGAGGAGAUAGAUGCUUACACCUCAGGUGACCUGCCCGAAUCCUCCAGGAGCUUCCUAGAUGGGGAGGAGCUCACUCUGGCCGACUGCAACCUCCUGCCUAAACUACACAUCCUCAAGGUUGUAGCCAAGAAAUACCGUGGCUUUGAGAUUCCUGCAGAGAUGACCAGUGUGUGGAGGUAUUUAAACUGUGCCUAUCAGAGGGAGGAGUUCACCAGCACAUGCCCAGCUGAGAGGGAGAUUGAAUUUGCUUACCUGGAUGUUGCAAAGCGAAUCAAAUAAGAGCGGGAAAAGUAGGAAAGAGCCUGAAUGACUAUAUCACAGUCACCGAGUACAGUACGUCCUUUAACAAAUAGUUAUGAUAGAGAACAUGAGAACAAGCAUUAAGUGAAUAAUGUUUUGGAAUACUGAUACACUGAAGUGAAAGUUCAGGCUUUAACCCUUCGAACACAUGUUUGUUUAAACAUACCGUUUAUACAGAGGCUUUUAUAUCCUUUUGUUUUUUUCAGCACAACCUAGGCAAUCUGAUGAAACAACUAUAACUAUAUAAAUAGAAGUACAAAAAGUACUCAAAAUUUUUAAAAUUGGACUGACUUCACAAUACAUCACAGUGCAAAGUUCACUUGGCUCGUUUUUAUGAACAAAAGAGAAGAAAAAUGGUCUAAUUUUGUGACUUCUGUGCAAUAAUUGCUCCUUUUAUGUUACUACUAAAAAUGUGAUAUAAAAUUAAUCAUAACUUUGACUCAACCAUACAUAAGAAGAUGAAAAAAAAACACAUUUUUAAAGCCUGAAUAUGUGACCUAUAAACACACAUCCCCAGGAUGUCCAUAUAAGGAGUUGUGUAUUAUUACUACUAUCCCUUUUAAGAGGAAGAUUAAGAGAUAGAGAAGAAGAACGUAGUGAAAUAAGUCGUAGUGAAAUAAAAAAAAUGUUUUUAUUAAAAAAGUGAAUCAUUCUAACACAUCUAACUCCUUAAGGUUGAUUUCACUUUGUUUGGCAAGUGUGUGUGCGUGCGUGCGUGCGUGUGUGCGUGCGUGUGUGCGUGCGUGUGUGUGUGUGCGUGCUCUCACAGGUUGAGUUGCACAGCGAGCGGAUGUUUCUUCACGCUAAUCAUAGAACAAGUCAUGUAUAAAUCAGAGACUUGCUUGCAGAAUUUACUCCUGAUUCACUUUGUGUUCUCAGAUGUUGGCAGGGCCAGAUUCACCACAAAGAACACAGUAACUAACACACACAUUUAUACAGUAGAGCUUAAAUAUGACCACACUGUUUUAUAGUCUAUUUGAAAUCACUAAUCAACUUUCAAUUCUAAACUCUGACAAUGUAUUCACUGCAUUUUAGGAGUUAUAGUGAUUGUAGUGGUAGUAUUGUAGUAGUUGCUGGCAUGAUGACUGAAACCAGUUAGGCAAUGUGUCUAUUUUAAUUAUAAUAAAAAUCAAUUGAUGUAAUAUGUGAUAGGACGCUGAAUCAUUAAUCAUUUGCACAUUGACUGUGCAGAUUCACAGUGAGGAAACGUGAAAAACAUUUUUUUUUAACUAUUUCUCCAUGGUUAACUAUAUGGUUAUAAAAUAAAAUUGCUCUUUCAUUUAAAAAGACAUUUCUGGAAUAUAAAGAUUUAGUCACUUGCAGAAAUCCAUACCCAUAAACCCCCCCCCCCCCCCCAGCGCAGCGUCAUCGCAAAUCCCACAUUUAAUCAUUGGGGCAGAAGUGAUUUAUUAUGUAUUUACGCCAUUUUAAGUUAGACGGUAAAUCAUCAACUAAUCUGACGCCACUGAUGCUGCUGUGUUCUGGCCUUAUAUCCUCUCUGGAGGACGAUAUUUAUUAAACUGAUUUUAUCACUUUAUGGAUUGUCUUCAGUGUUUCACUUACAGUUUGUGUAAAAAUGUCACCUUUCUAUUCAAAGAACAACUAGUGCAUGCAAUUAAAUAAAAAAACAUUGGCCUGGAGUGAUUUACAUCACAGUGACACAGUGGUUAGCACUGGCGCCUCACAGCAAAAAAGUUCCAGGUUGGAAUCCCAAAAGGAGAGAAAAUAAAUCUCAUGAUUGCAAUGUGUUAAUUUGUUAUUAUUAAACAUUUCAUUAGAUUUAUAAGGCCCAUAGUAUAUCAUGUUUAUAUUAUUUUGCUUCCAAAUUCCAAAAUAAUUUUAUGUGCAACGCCGGGUAUAUUUAACACGUUUUUUACACACGUUUGAACACUCAUGCGUGUGCAGACACACACACACAUCACUGAGGCAACGGCGUUAAGUGACCUCUGUUGAAAGCCUCUGAAUGUAAUGACCCAGAGUUUACUCACGCAGACUGCAAACAAGCACGGCUAAAUUACCAUAGAAACAUGCAGAGGAAGAAUGCCCCGCUGGUCUGGUCGGGCUAAUAACGCUGUGUAAAGCCACACUUCAAAUACUAUAACCGUAAAAAAAAGGGGGCAGCACAAAACACAAUAUAUUUCUGUUUUUAAGGGAAAUAAAUUAAUUACCCAGAGUUCAUCCCUCAGAAGUUAGAGUCAGGAGAAUAAGUGGAGCUCCUGAUUUCACCUUCUAAAAGCUACACCUACUUAUGCUCAAUCUAUUUUAAUUAAUUGAACACACGUAUACUGUGUUUUUAAGAUGUCAUUAGUGUUUGUGAAACCAUGUCAAAAGAAACACAAAAACCUACUUUUAAGUCUGCUGAGAAAAAUGUAGAUUUUAUAACAAUAUAUUAUACAGUAUAACUUUCUGAGUGGCUCUUUCUUUCUACACAACAAACAACUAAACAGAGUGUUACUGUAGAAAAAUAAAAUAUCCUUCUUUAUUGUCACAACAUUUUUGCCAUGCUAAAGAUGAACAUUUUGCACACACAUACACAACUGACGCGUGUUUGUCACAAAGAA